UUUAUAAGUAAAUAUAGAUAUGAAUAAAUAGUAAAUCGGGUUCGUAAAAAUGAUCGAAAUUUUACGGAUGUUUCCGGAAGUCGAUAUCUUGUAGUCGGUCAAGGUCAAACACGUUUGAUGAUAAUUACCAAGCUAAGUAGUGAGAAUGUGGAACGUUAACCUGUUGUAGAGUCUGGGGGGGAUAGAAAUACCGAAGAAUCAGGUAGAGGUAAAUGCCGUUCGUAUUGAAACUUGAGUUCAAGAACUUCAGUAUUGCUAUGACCGUCAGAUCUUUAACAAUUAUCAACUUAAAUUCAUUCAUACAAUCUUAUCUCGUAUAAACAUUCAUAUUUUGCAAUCACCUACUGUUCAAACUUAUCAUGGAUUUUCGAACGUUUGUCAUGAUACUUGUGUGCUGCUCGACAUUUGCCGAGCCAAGUAGAAGUAAAUUGGGGUUGCAUGUGAAUGAGUCAUCGUCAACUCAAGAAGAAGAACCGCCUGAAGGUUUUUAUGCUUUUGUUGAAUCUCCGAAUGCUGAACCGCCAAAAGUAAGACCGCCGCCUUAUAUUGACAGUGACAAAGAAUGUUUUGACACUGGAAAACAAGAACAAGGAUUCGUUUCAAUUCACAACGUUUGCGGUGAUUUGAAUAAAGGAUAUAUUCCACGAAAUCCUAUGAAACAAAAUGUUGCUGGAUCUUCAUAUCCUUUUGAAUUGAUUAAAAAUCAAACUUUGAAAUUCUUGAGCAAAACAUUACCCAUUUUAAAAGCAGAUGAUUCAUUGCCGAUAGUGGCUAAAGUCCAACCAUUUUCACAAAAUUCUGUACACACGGAUGAGAAACGAAGUAGAAGUAAAAGAGCCGCUGAGUCAUCAGCAGCUAUAGAUGCCAAUCGUAAUGGUCGUAAAUUUUGUGAAAACGGCGGUGGAGUAAUGUGUAUGCUUUACAAAGCAAUUCAAGGAGAGCCAUUAGCAGCGUCUGCAGCUGAACGACGUGACGAGCCAGUAUCUUCGCCAGAGUAUCGUCAGCGCACGCCUCCACAAGAAAAACCCGAGUAUACUGGCCCACCGACACCUUGUCCAGCUAAAGUUGAAUAUGCAACUCCAGUUUUUGCUAAAAAUUACCAAGGAAUCUGGCGCUACGUUGUCCAGAUACCUUAUGAAGGAUAUUUCACGCAGACAAUCGAGUUGACACGCUGCAUGCAAUCGAGGUGCCAUUAUUUGGAUGGCGGAUGUCUUUCAUCACCUAGAUGGACAAGUUUACUUGUUGCGGAAAUUUAUUAUCCGGACACUGUAAUGGAAGAAAGUCCGAAUGGAAAGUUCCCAGGACCUCGUGAACCAAUAGCUGCUAAUUCGCCGCCGCCAGUUCACGAUUAUCAAAAUUUCCAAAUGUAUUUACAGAAGAGAGCCGGCGAAAAUGAAGGAAGAAGUAGUUCUAGCAAUCAACAACAUCAUUGUGAUGGACACGAUGAUAUGGGAUGUUUCCGGAUUCGUCUGUACUACGACUGGUUUUUGGUGCCCGGAAGUUGUAAGUGCUGGCGACCUGACUACUUCAAUCGUUAUGUGCGUCGUACUAAUGUUAAUGCCGAUUUGUAAGCUGGUGCUUUCAAUACGAAUAAUAACGCGCAAUUAUUUGAUGUGUAAGUAAUUGUAUACAAGGAUUGAUAUUGACUCAUUGUCAAUAUAAAAGUAUCAGCAAACAUAUAUAUUUUUGUUUGUAAAUUUAUUCCGUGUUGCUGAGUUUAAAAGUAAUCGGAGAUUAAGAAUUGACAGUCUCAAUGACAAGUAGUUAAAGUUAUAUUUAGUUAUCACUGACUUAUAUCUGUUAAAUGAUGUCAAUUGUUACGAUAUAAGUCUGGAAAUUUUUUAUAUAUCUACAGAUAUCAUUGAUAUGUAAUUACGCAAAAAAAACUGACUGAUGGUUACUGUAAUUAGUUUUUUAUACUUUUAAUUAUUAAUACACUGUAAAAAAUUUGCGGAGUGAACGCGGGUUAAAUUCCGGAGUGAUUGCAAAGCGGAUGACUGUUUAUUUAUUUAAUUCUCUCGGAGUAAAAGUGGAUUUAAAUAAAAUCCAGAUCCCUUCGAAAUCACUUCGCUGAAAAGACAAACUCCCUAUUUACUCUUUAUGCAGAGCGGGAUUUUUAAAAAACUUCAGAACUCCAAAUGAAUUCAAAUUGAAAUAAAAUCCGAAAUAAUUCCGAAUUCACUACCGAUUUUGGACAGUAUAAUUAAAUUAGAUUCUAAGAAAUGAAGAGAUUUAAUGCUGAAAAGGUAGAAAUUAAGGAAUAUAAAUCCUGAAAAAAAAUAUUUUACCUUUUCUGCAUUGAUCACUUGAAAUAUGUGAUCAAGUAUUUUUUAUAAAAAAAAUUAUUGGUUACUUUUUUAUACGUAUUACUUUGUUUUAUAUUGUGCUAUUUAUUAACUUAAUAAAUUAUUUAUAAUAAAUCGAAAUAAAAAAAAUUUUAUAUUUUGAUACACUGA